AUGGCUCUCUUGAUAUUCGGCACUCUAUUUCUUCCAGCAUGUCUCCUUUUCAUCUGGUAUUUUCACAUUCCGCGUACGUUCCCAUCUCUGCCGAUCAUCCCGAUUUAUGUCUCCCUACUCGGCCUUUGGUCUUCCAUGGGCCAAGACGAAAUCUACGAGCGAUGGUUCCGUGCACCCCUCGAAGCCCAUGGUGCAGUCAUUGUUUGGCAUGCUGGUCGCUGGAGCAUCCUAGUCUCACGACCAGAGUGGCUCACGGAUAUGUUUCGAAACGACAACUUAUAUGUCAAAGCUGGAUCUCAGGUUAAGAAUCCACAUUCUGUCAUUGCCACUCUCGUCGGCGAUAAUAUCAUAAAUUCCCAUCAAAAUUGGAAACUAUACACCUCAAUCAUGAAGCCAGGAUUACAGAGAAAGGUGUUCGAUACUACCUCACUUCUUCGGCAGUCGAAUAAAUUGGUUGAUGUUUUGAUUUCAAAAGGAAAAGGUUCGAUCCAGGUCAACGACGAUGUACAAAAAUGGGCUGUCGAUGUAAUGGGGGAAAAUUUCUUGGGAUUGGAUCUUGAGGUACUUAAGUAUUGGUGCAACCCAAACGUGGUCCGUCUCGAAUCACUACAAUCAACCAUCAAAGCCACCCUAUUCAAUCCAAUAUACUUCACCUUUCCCGAUCUAGAUCGCUUCAGCUGGCUCUUCACCUCCCGAAAGCGCGGGUAUAGAAUAAUGCGAGAAUUUGAUGACCGACUUUACACAAGGACGAUGGAAAUGGUGCGCCGCACUUCUAAAUCGGACAUGGUUUCUCAUACGCUUGCCGACGCCUACCUCACGAAGAAGAUAACAGAGAAACAAUUCCGUGAUAACCUCAAAAUCACAUUCCUGACUGCCCAUGAAAACGCCCAGCAACUGGUCAAUUCAAUGUUUUGGCAACUGGGGACGAAACUCGAUGUCCAAUCCCGUCUUUGCGAUGAGAUCGUCCAGUUAUCCUGUGUACACCCUAACCCCUCGCAGGAGAUCAUCAACACACUGCCAUAUCUUACAUCCGUUGUCCUUGAGCUACUGCGAGUCUUUCCGCCUGUCUCACAGCUCAUCAACCGUGUUGCUAUGCAGCCCGCUGUGUUAGGUGGUGAUUUGCCCAUUCCGAAGGGGACUUUCGUGGGAUGGAACGCGUGGCUUGUGCACAGUAAUACGGCGAUAUGGGGGGCUGAUGCGAGAGAGUUCCGGCCUGAGAGGUGGGGAAGUACUGUGGAGGAGAUGCAAGCACGCUUUCGGAGGGAGACGGUGCGCGAGACAUAUAUCCCAUUCAAUGCGCAUAGGCGGAAAUGCCUUGGACAAGGAUUUGCAUUAUUACAGCUGAAGAUUCUGUUGUUCGUGUUGCUAGGAAGGGUCAGAUGGGUCGUCGAUCCGGAAUAUCGGCUGAAAUUGACACUGGUGGGUGCUCCUUGUUUGAUUCUGUCUGUGCCAUGCUUACUAGGCUAG